UCUUCUUUAAGAGAGAGAGAGGCGCAAGUGUCAAGGCGCAUGUCCGCCAGAGCACAUCUUGCCAAGACUUGGCUAGAGCUUCAGUAAAAGGGUAUACGUUAAUCGUUUGACUGCCACAACAUAUUCGACAAGUUUGUAUGAACGAUGUACUGAAGCGUCCCACCACUCAUUUCACUGUGUCACUACGUUCAUCGGUCCUUUUAAGAGUUAACCGGAAAACCAUAAAAAGAUGAACGAAUCUGUCAAAGUCGAUGAUGGCCAGGUAAGGGCCAUCAAUGUGACUAUUGUGACUCAUGCUUCGCAACUGGACACGGAGGAGAAGACGACCUGGAUCUUGGCAUUUGGUGUGCUUCUAGUCGUGGCGACGGUGGGUAACAGCUUAGUCACGUGGUUCAUCAUAGCUCGCCGCCGGCUGGCCAAAGCCCACAGCUGCUUUAUGCUGAGCUUAACAAUGGCGGACUUUGCAAUGCUCUAUUUGGAGGGCGUCUUCAAUUUCAUCUACAUUCUCGAUGGACACUGGCGAUACGGCACAGCUUACUGCAUGAUUGACAGAUUUCUCUCGGAAUUGACCAACGCGGCUAGCAUCUUUACGUUGACCGUCACAUCCUACGACAGAUACCUGGCGAUCGUGAAACCCUUUUUGCCAAGAUCGACUCGGAAAAGCGCUUUUAUUACCAUCGCAACCUGCUGGAUUAUCGCCGUCAUCUUGGCCAUGCCCAAUCUCCUGUACGCGAACGAAUUUAUGUUACGCCAAUCGGGUGAGGAUCUAUUAAAGUGUGAGAUCGUUUGGCCGGAGCGAGACGUGAUACUCAACAACUACUCAUACAGAGUACUGGUGUUUGUCAUUACCUAUUUAUUACCGACCGUUUGUAUGGCUUACUGGAACUUUCGGAUCGCCGUCGUGUUGACGACGAGUACGGUGCUCGUCAGUGGAGACAGUGACACGCGCAACAACUUGCAGCUGAGUGUCCUCGUCAAGAAAAGAAAGAAUUUGGCUAGUGGCAUGUGGGCCAUUUUGGUCAUCUUCUGCCUGUGUUGGCUGCCCUAUCAGACCUACUUGAUGUACCAGGCCUUCCAGACGGAAGAGAAUGUCACGACCAAGCGGAUUUACAUGUGUGUCUACUGGCUGGCCAUAGCCAAUGCUGCAGUCAAUCCGUUACUCUUCUAUCGACUCGAUAAACAGUACCGGGAAUGUGUUCGAAUUUUCUGGAGAAAAAUCUGCAUUGGUUUGGGAAUGCAACCCUAGAGGACCACACGUAUUGCGCAAUGGGCUACUGAUAUUGUCACAGGCUAUACGAACCUGAUCUGCUCGUGAAACUGCCAAGUUUCAACUUGAUAUUUUAAAACAUGUAUAACGCAUAGUGCAUAUUAUAUAAUCGGAAAUAUUUGUGUUCUUAUU